GACAUCUGCGAUGGCGUUAUGUUGCCACGGAAGUCAAGCCGAAAAUUAUCCCAGUAUCACAGGUAAAAUAUUCAUUGACUUUCGAGACAAACCUCCUAUUUGUUAUGAUUAUACGUCGAUUCAAAUAAUUAACAAUGGACCUUGGUAGUAUGAGAGACAUUAGAACAUGACCAACCAUCACAACAAAGCAGAACAUGCAGUAGCUCGGUAUAUGUAGCAUGACGUGAUCGCCUAGUAUCUUCCAGCAAUGGAGGCAGACACCAAACUGCACGAGGCCGUCCACUUUGGGGAUACUAACCUAGUGGAGAGCGCACUGGAAGAUGGCGCCAAUCCCAACUCCAUCGGUCUCUACGGCUGGAGUCCAGUGCAUGAGGCUGCUUCCAAUGGGGACACAGAAGUCCUGGAUCUUCUCAUUCAGUUUAAAGGUGAUCCCAACUGCAGUGAUGAUCUCGAAGGCUGUACACCUGUCCACUACGCUGCCAGAGAGGGCCAUGCUGACUGUCUGAGGGCACUACUCAAAGCUGGAGGACACCAUGACAUAGAAAACAACGGGGGAAAGUCACCGCUCGAUGAGGCUUCAGAAGAAUGCAGGCCAAUUUUGGAUAAAGAAAGGACAAAGAGCCUGUUGAACAUGACUCUUGACGCAGCUCGAAUCACUGUCUCCAAGUCGAAACCAGUUGGAUUGGAAGGUCAAAGGUCAGAGGUCGUGACCUCUAAGGUUGCAGCUAGCACACAAGAUGAUGGUGGGAGGAUCAGGUCACCAAGAGCUUGGGAUUCCAUCAAGGUCUUACAGACGAAGAAGAAAUCACCUGGAAAAACAUCAAUGACUGGAUCUUUGCAGCUGUCUUUUGAAUACAACUCUAAAACCAAGACGUUCAAGAUAAGAGUGUGGGCUCUACAGGACAUUCUACUACCUCCAGCUGAGUUUUCCAACCUUUCUCGGAUUUACAUCCGAGGUCAUCUUCUACCAGACAAGAAGGGUGAAUCCAAACGCAAGACGGAUGAGAAGAGAAUCGACGAUCCGGCCAAGAUGAUGAACAGUUUGGUGACCCUCAAACGCAAGGGUAGCCGGGACAGCUUCAAGGCCGUGUUCCUUCCAUCGACAUUCACGUUCAGCAAGGCUCUUGAGUACCAGAACGUCACCCAGGAAAUGGUAGACUCUAAGACAGUUCACGUGGCUGUCUGUAUCAGGCAGCGAUACAGUACCAAGACCAUCCCUGUGGCGAUCAUCCAACUGCCGAUGAAGGAAGCGGUUCGAAAACUCCUGAAGGAAAAAUACCAGCUCCAUUCCUGCAUCAACUAUUCCAUGCCAACCAACAUCCAUGCAUACAAUCCUCAUGACAUUGUGGUGAUCUCUGAAGGCAUGUAUAACAACAUGACGACGAGCCACCCAACCCUGAGGACUAAGUCCAGGCAGAGCCUUGAUGUUGAUGAGAACGAUACUCGUGCUAGCAGUGACAUCAAUCUUCAAGCAGUUCGUUGCCACUCGGUUGAAAGUGUGCCAUCCGCAACGGUAGAUAUUGAAUCUGUGCAGAAGGAGACUGCGUUGGAUGAUCUCCUGGAGGUUUCCAUCAGAUGUGAUGAUCCUGGAGACACGAAAGCAAAUAAAAAGGUGACGGUUGUGGACGUUUAUGAGCUACCCAGCAGCCCACCAGCAACACCCUUACCAGGUAACAUAGAGGAUGGGGAGUUGACGGAUGUCAGCGUUGUUUCGUCGUCACGGCAAAGUCCUGAUAGCGCCACCAUCGACAUGGAAGGUCUGGAGACAAUAAAUCCUGACAGAGAACCUUUGCAAGCAUCGUCGACACCGAUGAAGAGUCGGCAUGCUAAAAUCAAACAUGGCUUUGAUAAUCCUCAUGUAACAAUCGUGGAUGAUGGGGAAGAUGAAGAUUUUGAAGUGUCCAUUGAUAAGAAGAGCCAUAGAAAAUGGACAAGAGACAAAGAUGCGAUAAUUGAUAUAGGAGUAGGGGAUCAUGGUGAUGAUAAAAAGAAGGGGAUUAAGGGACACCUCUUUAAGAAAAGAGGCAAACACAAGAAGAACUCGAAAGGGGAUGGAAUAGAUAAUCCAGGGUAUGUCGUUGAUAUGAGAACAGGGAAGAGAAGUUUGCUAGGGGAUUUCAGCCACAGUGAUGGUCGGUAUAGGCCCGGAGAACUGGAAAUGCUUGAAAUUCUGUCAGAUGAGGAGGCAGAUUUGAGGUUUUCCAGUAAGAACAGCAUUCAGUAUUCCGGAAGAACUUCAGGACAUGCCAACCACCUGCAGGAGAUGGUAAUAGAUGUCGGGUUGCCAUCAGUUACUGGUAUGCCGGGGAGAAAAUCUAAGGCAUAUGAUGUGAGAAGUGCAAUGAAAAAGGAGGACCUUGAAGUCACCAACACACGGAGGAAGCAUCAUGAAAAUACACCUACUAGAAAAGAUGUUGGAAAGACUGAAGAACUGAUAGGUGAUACAGAACCUCCUAGAGAAUUGAACAGUCCUAUACCAGUUAUUCAUGUGGAAUGCGUGGAUGAGGUGGAAAGAUCAAGGUCGCCCGGAAGUAAAUCACCACGAUCGCCACGUUCACCCCGCCAAGCACGGAGAGUCAGUCCCGUUGGCAAUGUUUCUGCUUCCGGACGCUUGUCCACUCAGCAAGAGUUUCCUCCACCUGUUACCAAGGGAUUGCCUCACACAGACUUAACUAAUGUGCAAAAUGAACAUGGUGUCAAUUCCAAGCACAAGGGCACUUCGGAAACCAUUCAAAAGCCCAAGCUUCCUUUGGACUUCAAGUUCAUCUCCGAAAUCGAUAAAGUUGUGGAUAAUCCUACACUUGUGAAGACACCAGCUCAAGAAAAGGAAAGAAAAACCAGGAGCAAGUCAACAGGGCGUAGACUAAAAAAGAGUCCGCUGCAAGAAGAGGGAGAGUUCGAGAUGCUGACGCUCUGGAAAGACGAGGAGUGGCGUAAAAAACUCGGCACGCCCAAUUUCAAACUCCAGAUGUUCCAGCGCACCAGCGAUGAUCCUCACCCGUCCUCUCCCCUUCUCAAGAAGUAUCACACUGCGGAUCCAUCACGAGGGGUUAUCCACAAUCCUGCUUAUGUUCCUGAAACCCCUCCGAACCAGGCGGACAUGGACACCCCUACUCGAGAAAUUGAUGUAGCCAAGGUGAAGCGUAAACUGCAUAACAGUGUUGCAGAAUCUACUCGGAACUCAGAACUCUGAGGCUGAUUGGAUAUUAGGAAUAGUAUGCACUCCAAGUACAACAAAAUAGCCAAAGUUGGCUAAGAGAAACUUUAUCUCAGGUAUUUUGGUACUAGUUUCAUUGUAGUACUUAUGUGUGUGUGUUUAUUUUUUAGAAUCUUUUAUCAUCAUUUUAGAACACUGUUCAUAUUAGUGUUUUGUCAAUAUUUUAUUUAUUUCUGACUUAUUAUAAUAUCAUGCUAGAGUUUAAACAAUCUUUUUUAAAUGCAAGUAGAGUCGUCAUGCAAGAACAUUAUUUGUUACCAGGUUCCUCAAAACUGCCGUGAGUUGCAAGACAUGAUUAUUCUGCUAAGAAUCAUUUGAAAUCAAAGAUUCUUAUCUUCAAUGAUGUAUAACCAAAGACAUUUUAUGUUCCUAAUUCACUAUAUGAAGAGCAUGAUGUCCCAUAGAAUGUUACCAUGAGUUAAGAAAGGAGAUCUUAAAGAGAAAUCCAACCUUGGUAAGAAAAUUAUUUGUUUGCAAGGAGAAAAUUUUUAAAAAGCAGAAUAGUGGAAGUUUCUGAACACUCAGACAAGGAAUAGUAAAAUUAUUACUGUUUGGGAAUACAAUCACUGAGACAAUUUAAAUUAUACCAAGUUGGCAUUUUAGUGAGUAGAUGACAGGCAGAAGGGAUAACUCUCCACGUUGUUAUGUUUUUUUAAUCAUCAGGAAUGUUUUUCUUUCCUGAGCACCUUUUGCCUUUGGGGCACUAGCAGCAGCAAUCAAAUUAUAACAUGUAGAUUGAAAGGAAAAAAAAUGUAACAUAUUUUUAAAUAUCUUUUCAUAAUACAAUAAUAUUCUGAGUAAAACUAUUGAAGAGGACAUUUUAAAUAACUUCUGACCAAUGCACAACUGGACACAGAGGCUAUGUGGUAUACCAUCAUUUUUGGUCCAGAAAAUGACCACCCAGACUUGAUGUUUGGAGGAUAUUUUGGGGGGAGUCGUUUUAUAUAUUGGAACAUGUGGAGAAAGUUUUCCUACCCCACUUACCUAAACCAUUACCUUUGCAACCAACUUGAAUUUUUAUUUAAAAAAUAUGGUGAUUACGACUUCAAACAUUGUUACCGAUAAUCUUUCACCUAUCGUAUGCUUAUUUUUCUCUCAAUACAACUUGCUGUUGGGGUUUGGUUCCCCAUUUGAAUUUUGCAGUCCAUCCAAGCUCUCUGUGUAACAAAGAAAAGGAGACAAAAUGUGGAUUAGAAUUACCAUAACAUUCUAUGAAGGUAUUAUCCAAUUGUUCUUAAAUGUGGUACACCUAUUUGGCACAUCCUGUUCUUUCAUCCAAGAACUAAUGCGUGUUUUGAAUUUAUGUCGGAUUAAAGUGAGCAAGACUUGAAAUUUGGGCAAUUCCAUAAAGAAUGUAAUCCAACCCCCUAUAUGUGGGACCUUGAUGACAAUUUCUGUCGCUGAUUUCUUGUCCUUUUGACAAUCUGUAAUGUUCUCAAAGGACCAUGUCAGAUUAUGAAGUGAGGUAUAAAAGACUUGAGGAAAAUGGGGGUCAGAUGUGCAAAAAGGUUGAUCAUUUUAUGGAACUGCCCAUUUAUAAAAUGUCAACAAAGAUUGAGAUAAAAGCACAUUUAGAAAGAUCUGUACUCCCUUUCAAAAAAUAUACAUCUGUACAUUUUGAAUUCACUACAUUAUUUAUAAACAUCUAUAUUUGUUAUGGUUUGUAACUGUUGCAUUCUAGAUUGAUUCUUUGAUAGUUUAGGCUUUGAAUUUUUUGAGAUACCAUCAUAAGAGGUCUAGGAAGAUAGAGUGAUGGUUGAUCAAUGGGGUGUCCAAUUAAAGAGUAUGUUUCUCCAGUAUGUUCUGAGAUUUUUUUUUCUUUAUAUAUUAAUAGAUUUUUAAAGUCUUAGUCAAACUAUGAUAACAUUCCUCUGACUUAUUUAAAUCAGUGCAUUUAUUUGUAUAUAUUAUUUAUUGAUUCAUUAUUCAUUUUCAAUAAGACAUUGAUAUACAAAAAACAUUUUUUACCUUUGAUGUGGUGUAGUACCAUCUGCAUUUGUGACAUUGAAUAACAUUCAAUUCAAUAUUUAUUUGUUGAGCGAUACAAAUAUCUUUAUCUCUCACAAAAAGCAUUUGAAUGAUAUUACAAUGUGUAAAAGAUUCAACAUCAUCAGAAAAUUGACAUUUUCUUCAAAUACCUCAUUUGGCAAUUCUCUUUGAUUUAGAGACAUCUUUCUUCAAUAUCCAGGCGACUCAGGCAAGGUUAUAUACCAAUAUCUUGCAAUAAAAUGUGAGGGAUUUUCUUCAGGAAUGUUGAAAUAAUCUUAUCAAACAAUGAUUAAACUUCUCUAACAAUCAAAGGAGAAUUAUUGAUCUUGAUUUACGGUAGUCACAUUAAACAAAGGGUAUUUGUUUAGUUUUAGAUUAGAGUUUGGUGUCGCUUGUGUUUACUUACAACAUGUUAUAUACUUCUAUACUUCUAGACUUUUUUUAAAUCAAUAAUUUAUUGUGUUUGAAUUAGCUCUGUAUAUUUUGUGAUAAAUUUCAGACUCAGAAUCUCUUGAAAGUGAUUGCAGUUGUAAUAAGUAAUACCGGGGCCCCGUCUUACAAAGAGUUACAAUUGAUCCAAUCAAUCGUAACUCUAUGGAAAUCCAUCACUGUCAUAAUUUUUUCUACAGAAAAUUUGCAGAAUGUCCUUUGUAAACAAAGAGAAGCAGUGAAUUUUCAAGAAAACAAUGAAUGCAUGAAUAUACAUCAUAGUUAGAAAAUAUUUUGAACAAACACUGCAUAAUAGAUGUUGACAUUGCUGGCCAUCCAGAGUUGCGAUUGAUUGGAUCAAUCGCAACUCUUUGUAAGACGGGGGCCCUGAGAUGUGUAAAUCCUUCAGCACCCCCC